GGCCAGGUUUAUGAUCGAAAACCAGAUCACAGCUCGUAAGACCAAGUCAGUUCUACGAUUUUGUUUCCAGAAAAUCAAACUUGGCAAGGAAAACUACCCAAGCACAGUAGCACAGCGGAAAUAAAGCCUCCCUCUUACUGGAGGCCGAGCGCCCCCCGUUCCGCGCUUGUUCCAAGUGCGCAGGCGCAGAGAUGGGGAGUGUGGCAUCAUGUUUCGCGGUCCUCUGCGAUGAGGCUGAGGAGGCGCGAUUCCAAUUCAGCCUGGUGUCCCAGGAUCUCUCUCCCCACUGCACCCAGCCCAACGGUCCUGCCCUAGGGGAGGAAGGUGGGCGAGGUGGCGGAGCUGAGGACUUGAAGAAAGGGCUCCAGGAAGUCCCAUCUUCCUGCCAGGUGACCCCCACUGACCUGAGGCCUGGAAGACAGCCAGACUGGGUCACCCAGUUUGUGCAGAGGAAGGAGGAAAGGAAGCUGGCAGAGCGAGUGAAGAGGCAGGAAAAGGAAGAGACUGAGCUGCUGCUCUGUCUCAGCAGGGAGCUGCUGGCCAAGGGGCCAGGCCUGGAGCUGCUGGAGCCUGGGGAAGAAGAGCUGGUACUGGUGGAAUAUGUGAGUAACGAGGAGAGGACAGCCGCCAGUGGGGUGGAUGAGGAUGAGGAGGACCUGGAGGAAGAGCAUGUCAGAAAGAUUUAUUACUGCAGCCAGAUGCACUCCCAGCUGGCCCAGUUUGUCCAGGAAGUUUGGAAGAGCCUCUUCGGCACAGACACCAGGCUGUUGACCCUUGGCUCUUGGCAGAACCUUUGUGUGAAUGAAGACGUGAGAAGCCUGGGUGCUGUGCAGCUGAUCAGUGACCAUUGCAUGGAGACGCAGAGAAGCCCUCAUGGUAGAAGCUGGGACCAGUGAGGCCAUGGCUAUGCUGGUGGUGAUAGGGAUAUGAAGCAGCUGAUGGUCCUCAGGAAGGAGGCCCGGGCCUGCCCCUACUAGGGUAUCCGGCUCCCCAUCCCCGUGGCCCAGCUGGUUGUGCUGCCCUACCCAAUGCUGUUGCACGCAGCCACGUGGCAGGCUGCUGGCAUCCGGCUGCAGGGCCAGGUCGUCAUCAUAGAUGAGGCACACAACCUGAUCAACACCAUCAUGGACAUCCACAGCUUGGAGGUCUGGCGGUUCUGCCAAGCCAACUCCCAAUUGCUGCAGUACACAGAGCAGUACAGGAAGCUUCUGAAGGCCAAGACUAAGCAGAUCCUGUAUUUGCUGAAGCAGUUUGUGGCCAUUCUCUCUGGGAAUAUCAAGCAGAACCCCAACAUACAGAGCCUCUCAAAGACAGGAACAGAGCUAAAGACCAUCAACGACUUCCUCUUUCAGAGCCAAGCGGACAACAUUAACCUGUUCAAGGUGCAGCAGUACUUCAAGAAGAGCAAGGUCAGCAAGAAGUUCUGUGGCUUCAUGGAAAGCUGUGGUGACAUCCCCCCAUCGUCCCAGGAGUGGUCCAGACUGGCAGGGCGCCAGCAUUUCCUGCAGAUCCUGCAGCCUGGGGUGACUGAGACUCCCGCUGCCCCCACGGAAGAGGCUGAGGUCAAGGCCACGCAGGCUGCUUCCCCACUGAUGCACAUCAAAGGCUUCCUCGCAGCCCUCACCAUUGCCAACUAGGAUGGCAGGGUCAUCCUGAACCACCAAGGUACUGAGCAGCCAGCCCGGCUAGGCUGCAGCAGGGAGCUGUACCCGGGACGCCAGGCACAUCCCAGCCUUGCCCGGCUUAGCAAUGGCCAGGGUCACUUGAUCCCACCAGGCAUCAUCCUGCCCCUGGUUCUCUGCAGCAGGUCUGCCGGCCAGCAGCUAAAAUUUACCUUCCAGCAGAGAGAGCUGCCUGCAAUGAUGGAUGAGACAGGGCACAAUCUCUGCAACCUAUGCAACGUGAUCCCUGGGGGGCUGGUCUGCUUCUCUUCCUAUGAGUACCAGUGCCAGGUCCUCACCCACUGGGACAGGAGCGGCCUGCUGGCCCACCUUUCUAUCAGGAAAAAGCUCUUCCAGGAGCCCAAGAGAGCCAGCAAGGUGGUCAGGUGCUGGCUGUGUAUUCCAGGUGCAUUAAGGUGCCUGGUGAUGGUGGGCAUGACCCACCCCAACAUCCAGUCACCUGAGCUGCGGAGAAGCUCUGCCGCAAACGCCGGUGCUGCUGCUGCUGCCGCCUGGACCUGGGGCCCAGUGGUGUCAGGGCGACGGCAGGGUAGCAGUCAUAGCCCACCUCCCUCGACCUCAACCCCGGCUCCUGUCUACACCCUACACCCCACGCCCCAGGCCCAGCCGGUGUUUGCGCUCCUACCUGGCUCCGCAGCCCCAAGGCCCGGAAGCCCGCUGCCGCCCGCCUUUCUUCCGCCGACACCGCUGGGUCCUAGCGCCGCCCCGCUGAGCCGCCAACCUUGCCCCUUCGGCCUUGAGCCCUUCCUGCGAUCAGAGGCUUUCAGCCUCCUUGAAUUGAGACUUGAUUUACCCUGUGGAGGAAAGACGCUUCCUUGCCGGCACCCUUGCUCAGAGUAUAGCAUUCAAGGAGGUCCUGGAUCUGAUUCCCCGGCCCAAAUAAAUGAGGAAUGUGGAAGCCAGGCGCAGAUACGCGGUGCAGAAACCCGACUGCGGGCGGACACCGGGGCGCAGUCCCAUCCGGGGCGCAGCCGGAGCAGCCGGGCUCCCUGGCCGACUCCGGAGAAGCCGCAGUUAGAGCUAGCCCUGAGCUUCUAA